UGUGGGAGAAGACAACAGGACCAGCCCGUUGAGGAGCACCGUAGCUUGACCUUCACACCAUGGGCAAUGGAGAAACCUCAAGCCUAUUUCCUUUAUUUUGAAAGUUUUGUCAGAAACAGUAACAAAAGAGGAAGAUGCUUCUCCCCUCAUUCUGCGAAUCGUUGCUGAGUGUCCGGUGACAAAAGCAAGAGCUUGUGAUCUUAUAUUGCCACACUGCGCCGUCAGCACACCGGUUUUCAUGCCUGUCGGUACACAGGGAACUUUGAAGGGAAUCACUGUGGAUCAGCUGGAGGGUCUUGGGUGUCAGAUUUGUCUUGGAAACACAUACCACCUGGGCAUGAGACCGGGUCCUGAUUUGAUCGAGAAAGCCAAUGGUUUACAUGGGUUCAUGAACUGGAAGAGAAAUCUUUUAACUGACAGCGGUGGGUUUCAGAUGGUGUCUCUUGUUGAACUCUCAGAGGUCACUGAGGAAGGGGUAAAGUUCAAAUCCCCCUAUGAUGGCAAAGAGAUCCUCCUAAGUCCUGAGAAAUCCAUCAGCAUACAGAACAGCCUGGGGUCAGACAUCAUGAUGCAGCUGGAUGAUGUGGUCAGCAGUACCGUGACAGGACCACGGGUGGAGGAGGCAAUGCACAGAUCCAUUCGCUGGCUCGACCGCUGCAUAGUAGCCAAUAAAAACCCUGACAAACAGAACCUUUUUGCCAUCAUCCAGGGAGGGUUAAAUGCAGAGCUGCGCAAGGCGUGUCUAGAUGCAAUGACUCAACGUGAUGUUCCCGGUUUCGCCAUUGGCGGCCUGAGUGGAGGAGAAGAGAAGGAUGACUUCUGGCGGAUGGUCACACUGAGCACUGACCACUUGCCCCGAGAAAAGCCUCGAUAUCUAAUGGGUGUCGGGUAUGCUGUGGAUUUGGUGGUGUGUGUAGCUCUGGGAUGUGACAUGUUUGACUGCGUGUUCCCCACCCGCACUGCAAGGUUUGGCUCUGCCUUGGUGCCUUGGGGAUCCCUCCAAGUAAAACAUAAGCAGUAUGCCAAGGACCUCCAGCCCAUAGACCCAGACUGCCAAUGUCCCACCUGCAAGAGACAUAGUCGGGCUUACCUCCACGCUCUCUUCAAGACUGACACUGCAGCCAUGCAUCACAUCACCAUCCAUAACAUUGCCUACCAGCUCACCCUGAUGCGCUCUGUGCGACAGAGCAUUGUGGAAGGCCGAUUCCCAGAGUUUAUACAGACAUUCAUGAGGCGAAUGUAUCCCUCUCGCGACCUGUACCCCAGCUGGGCCGUAGACGCUCUCGCCUCCGUCAACGUUGCGCUGGAAUAGAACCUGGAAGGAAACUGUGGGGGCUAAGUGUCAAAACAGUGACCGAAGAAUUUUAUAUCUUUUAAAUUCCUUUUUUAUGGGAGAUUGUUUUCUACUUUUUGUUUAUUUUUGUAAAUGCAUUGCCAGUUUUGUUGGUGAUGUGGAAAAUGGCUUUUGAUCUGAAGGGAUAAAGCCUGAUGGUCUUUUGCAACAACCUGCUUUACUCAGCCUCUGCGAAUUGUCUUUAGAGUACACGUUAUGAUAAUGUGCGACUGAAUGGGGUUUAAAUGAGGUUUGAAACACACGAACUAUCUCCUCUGAUAUGCCCAGACACUUUUUUGUUGUUACCAUGGCUACACAGCUCGGCCCACCCACUUGAAAUGAAAUGUUUUCCCUUCCUGUCAACCUUUUUUUUUUUGUUAUUUCUUGUGCCUGAGCGCAUUACAGAGACAUUUCAUUUUUGCCAAAGGCACAGUAUUAAUAAAUAUAUUCUGGUGUUAGUUGUCGGCUAA